UUAACACUAAUGACAUCACCCCCACCCAGGCAGGGCGCGAGAGAGGCGCUCGCUCCGCAGCCAGGGCAAAGGGCGGCGUCCCGGUGAGGGGUGUGGUCGCCGCUGUCACGUGAGCCGCCGAGUGGGGGGGGGGCUACGGACUCCUCGCUCGUCGUUUGCAUGGCUGGAGGCCGUCGCGGUUCGUCUGUAUUAUUUCGUCGCUGUGUCCGUCGUCUCAGCCACUGCACCUCCUGUCGUCCUCUCACCUUUAGCGCGGUUUUCCACAGUGGCUGUCCCUGGAGGCCUUCCCCUCGUCACCCUACCCCUGCUCUUUCCCAGAACCCCGAGAUGUUCGCCAAGGCUACCAGCAACUUGCUACAGCAGAUCGACCCAGAUGGGUUACUGAUCCCAGUGUCCCGCCUGAACGAUUCAGACAAGCUGGUCCCCCUAUCCCUCGUGGUGAAACGCAAGCGCUUCUGGUUCUGGCAGCAGCCCAAGCACCUGGUGUCCGACUUCACUCUGAAUGAUGUGUUGACUGGGGAUGAUCCUAUGCAGCCUGAUGUAGCUGAGACAGACUUUUUGAAGUACAAGGGCACCUUUGGGGACAUCAAGAGGGGGAAGAUGGAUGCGGAAGUGGGCCAGCUGACAGUUAAUGUGGAAGGAAAGGGUUCCUCCAAACUGCAGUCUUCCUUUGGUGCUUUAAAGAAACAGGAGGUUGAUGUCCAGAGGCUCUUGCAGGAAUCCAGGGGCAGGGUUCUGGACUUGGAGCACUGCCUCAUCCAGCAGACCCGUGAGAAGCAGAAUGAGGCGUUUGGACUUGUGAAGGAGAGAAUCCUAACCAUGGAGCCCUGCUUCAUAAGUGAACAGGUCCAGGAACAGGGCGAAUGUGGGGCCGUGCUGGCAUUUCGCAAGCCGAAGAAGAUACAGGUUUCCCUGAAUAACGACGGAAAUAUGCAGAUGGACAGUGAAGUGCUGUUGGAGAUUCCUGCCCAUACAGUUGUUGCGUACAGUAUCAUUGAGCUGGAGGUAAAGGCUAAUGGGGAGUACGAGCUGUGCCUUCUGCCAGAUGUUUUGGGUGGGUUUGAAGUGGACUCCCACAAAGGGACCCAGUUUGUCCUCUGUGAAGCAACUGGGAAGGACCUGCAAACUGAGAAGACAACGCUCAGUGAACAGCUUAAAGAAAUGGGGGAACUGAAGGUUCAUAUCGAAGAGCUGGCUGACCUCCCCCCACAAACACGAUCCAGGCUGUUUCAGCUUAUAAAGGAAGCAAUGCAGGACAGGGCAAAACUGGCAGUGCUGAAUGAUGUGCUGGAUCAGCUCUGCCAGGGCAGGAUGCCUGACCUGGGGCAGCUGGAGUUGUCCUCUCAGAGACACAUGGUCCAAACCCUCUUAGACCUGCUGCAGCUAGAUGGUCAGGAAGCUGGGCAAAAGAGAACCUCCCCACUUAUAGCAAGCUAUAUGCUGGUCAAUGCAAUGGAAGAAAUGAAUGAAGAUGGGCUAACUGCUCUUGGCUACUGUUCUAGUGCUCCAGUUCUACAGGCCUUGCAACAGCUGGUGCAAACAUUAGAAACAGCCAGUGAGUGUUCCUUGCAGAGUAGUAGUGUAUCCCCCCUUCUUGAGGAGGAGAUUUUUCAAAGAGUGGAACGUCUUUUCUCCUGCUGCAAAGUGACACUGUGGCGAAAGUCCAGUGCGGUGCUAGCAGAGGCAAGGAGUCCAGUGAGCCUUGCUCCACUGCUGUUGUGCAUCACCAUUCAUGGGCUUGCUUCGUUGAGCAAGUAGUAUGUUGUUCAAGGUGGAUGGUUGUAGGGCAGACCCAGGAGUGCAUUUCCUGGUUUGCUCUGUGAAGGUAUGAAGACACUCUUUCCUAUGUUUGCUGCUUUUUCAACUGGUCAGUUUUUGAGGCUUUGCAACAGGUCUGAGAGCUUAACAGGAAAAUGCAUUUAAGAUUUAAAAUUUCUACUAAAUGUUUACUAUAGGACAGAUGACUGGGAGGUGGAAGUGGCUCCAUAGGCAGGACUGAGGCCAAAGACAGCAGCUUUAUACCCAAAUUGACUUUUAAUCAGGAGACAAAAAUGGAGAUGUGGUUCCUUUAAGGCCAAAAAAAAAAAAAAAAAAAAAAAAAAAAAAAAAGGUCCAACAGCAACAACCUGAAGUCAAGGAAAGCGCCAAACCAAAUACCACCACCCACCAGUCAUCCACAGGGAUAGUAUUGCUUCUCCUCUAUUCUCAGCCCAUGUGUGAACGUGGCUGGGUAGGGUAUACGCUGGCAGCCCAUCACACGCAUUGCCCUCUAUGCCAUUGCUUUAUCUUCCACCACUUUGCAUAUUCUGUUAGCUCUGAUUACCUGAAGACAGACCACUUUUCUAUUAUAUAUAGUUAAGUUAUUGUAAAUAACUGUACAUGCCACUCAUUUCACAUAAAGGUGGGGCUGACUGGCAUGGUCUUGCAUAAAGAUGCCAGCAACAUGACAAGAGCAAGAUCCUUGUCAGCCUAUCCUUUCCUAACUUUUAAAACUAGCUUGUUUUACAGCUGUAUACAUUUAUAAAUGUCACUUCCCUACAUAUGUCAUUAUUGGUGUGUCAUUGCUUAUGGCCAGACAAUUCUCUUAUAUACACUGUUUAUUAAUUCAAAUUCAUUAAUGAAGUGUGAUUAAUUCAGCUGACAAGAAACUAAAGGGGGAGAGCUGAAAUCAUGGUGUACUCAGUCACUUACUUCAACAAACCAUUGUAGAGCUGCUUAAGUGACAAAAAUGCCAGCCUGUCUGAGGUGACACAGCACCUGCUUCGUAAAGCUUCAGAAUAGCUGCUGUGGGGGGAAAAAAAGCAAAAAGUCAAAAACUAUGAAAACAUUCAAAAAAUUAUCACUCUAGUUUAUUAAAUUUUAGUUCCUUAAAAUACAGGCCUCUAUUAUAAAAUACUUCCCAGUUCCCAAGAACUACUAAAUAAAAAGCUAAAUAAAUUAUACUAAAUUUAAAAUUGGGAUGACAAGGGCAGGAGGAUCUCUGCAAUUCAGUACCACAAAACACUGAAGGAAUAAGUUAUACUUUGCCUAGAAGCAAUAACCAAGACACACUAGACCAUGAACACCACAGAAAGGGAGGAGAAAAAACCCUCACAUGACAAAUGUAUACUGCAGCAAGUUAAGAGGUCAAGGAUUUAAAGUAAAAAAAGUUGUCUACUCACUGAAAGGAAAAUGUAUCCCAGAACCUGGAAUUCCAUACAAAUUACAGCACAA